GCUCUUGCUUUGGCCAUGGGCAGAGACAACGUCAGCGGGGGUGUCGCUCACCUGGUGGUGGUAACAGAAAAGGGGGUGGAGCAUGUGGUUGUACCUGGUGACAAGCUACCCAAGUUCCAUGAUGAGUGACCGCCUUCGUUCCUACUACCAUGAAACCACCAAUGAAAUCAAAGAGCGGUUAUUUGGAAGCUGGACUUGUAUUACCUGUUUUGUCUGUUUAGGAUGUAACAAGUUAAACACUCAACUGAAGUCAGACUCCUGAAAAACAAGUUAUUUUCUACUCAGUGAAGACGUGAAAAUCUAGAAGCACUGCUGUAAAAACAACUGUUUAAUCUUUAUUACAAAAUUGCAAGCAGAGUCAGAGAUACUUAUACAGAAAUCAACUUUCCACCCUUUUAUGUGACCAAACAUCAAGUCUUUGUGGGGGUUUUUCCAUGUCAAAAAUAAUAUAAAAUAAAAAAAUAAAAUAAAAUGUUUCUAUUUCCAUAA